AUGAAAAUAAGUUUCUGGCAAUAUUCUAGAGGUUUGCCAAGGGGAAUUCCAUCAGACCUUACAAAAUGGCAAAGUUUGGAGUUGCUAAAUCUCUCCCACAAUAACCUUUCUAGUGUCAUUCUAAAUGGUUUUGAAAAACCAUUGUCUUAUGUUGAGAUAUUGUAUAACAAUUUGAAAGGUCCCACACCCAAUAGCAAAACCUUUAUAGAAGCUCUGAUGGAGGCAUUACAAGGAAACGAAGGCUUGUGUGGCAAUGCCACUGUUAUAGUUUUGACUACUUUAGGAGGAGCAAUCUUGUUUUUGGGUGUUGUAAUAGGGUAUGUCAUUAUGUUGACAUGGAGAAAGAGAAAGGUAACCAUGGAAAAGUUGACAAGGGCGACGCCAAUGUCUUCCUAA